CCUCCUGUGGAGGGAAGUUUUAUGGCUGUGAUGUUUGCAUAGUAUUAAAUAACUAAACAUAGCAAAAAUAAAAAAGAAGGAAACAAGAGGGAUCAUUUGGUUUGCCGGGUGUCGUCGGUAAGAUCAGAUACCAACAUGUUGGAGGAUUUCUGUGAGAACCCUUCUUACCAGUUUGUUAGGACUAAGCUCCAUGUUACAGAAAUAAGUAUGAUGACUCAGCCGGAUGAAGAUUGUAAGGAAGAGCAAUUGCUAAGGCAGGAUUUGAAGUUCUACUUCAUGAAUCCAUGUGAAAAAUACCGAGCUAGACGUCAAAUCCCAUGGAAACUGGGGCUUCAGAUUUUGAAGAUAGUUAUGGUCACUACACAGCUCAUCCUGUUUGGUUUGAGUAAUCAGUUGGUGGUUUCUUUCAAAGAAGAGAACAUGGUGGCUUUCAAGCAUUUGUUCCUUAAAAACUACUCUGGUGUGGAUGAAGAUGACUACAGUUGCAGUGUGUACACACAGCAAGAUGUUUAUGAUAGUAUCUUUUUUGCAAUCAACCAGUACCGACAGCUGAAGAAUAUAUCUCUGGGUACACUUGGUUAUGAGCAAGAUGAAGAGGACUUGGCAGGCCUACAGAUAUGCAAAAAGCAAUACAGGAAAGGCACAAUGCUUCCAUCCAAUGAUACCUUGCAUAUAGACAGUACUAUCGAAACAGAAUGCAUCCAGCUAGACCCACAGGAACUGGCUACUAAGGAAACAAAUGACUUGAAGAACUCAUCAUUUUUCAGCUUUGAGUUUUAUAGGCUCAUACAGGUUGACAUAUCUUUUAAACUAAAAGGCAUUGACCUACAGACCAUUCAUGAUCGUGAACUGCCCGACUGUUAUGAAUUUGAGAAUACCAUUACUUUUAACAAUAGAGCCCAUAGUGGUAAAAUGAAAAUAUUUUUUGAUACUGAUGCUGACAUCCAAGAAUGUAAAGACUGGAAUAUAUCUGGCUCAAUCCAAAAAAAUACUCAGUACCUCUUGAUUUUCGAUGGGUUCGUCAUUGUGAGCUGCAUCGCUUCCCUUAUUCUUUGUACACGAUCCAUUAUCCUUGCUCUCAAACUGCAAAAAAGAUUUGUGAAGUUCUUCUUGGAGAAAUAUAAACGCCACGUAUGCAGCGCAGAUCGCCUGGAAUUCCUAAAUGGGUGGUAUGUCCUGGUGAUUGUUAGUGAUAUGAUGACUAUCAUUGGCUCUAUAAUGAAAAUGGAAAUAAAAGCUAAGAAUCUUACAAGCUACGAUGUUUGCAGUAUCUUGCUUGGGACAUCUACUCUGUUUGUUUGGGUUGGAGUCAUUCGGUACCUGGGUUAUUUUCAGACUUACAAUGUGCUGAUUUUAACAAUGCAAGCAUCGUUGCCCAAAGUUCUUCGGUUUUGUUGUUGUGCUGGAAUGAUAUAUCUUGGCUAUACUUUCUGUGGCUGGAUUGUUCUCGGACCAUAUCAUGAAAAGUUUGAAGACCUGAAUACAGUAGCAGAAUGUUUGUUUUCUCUUGUCAAUGGCGAUGACAUGUUUGCGACGUUUGCGCAAAUCCAGCAGAAAAGUACUUUAGUGUGGCUCUUCAGUCGACUCUACUUGUACUCCUUCAUUAGCCUCUUCAUAUAUAUGAUCCUGAGCCUUUUUAUUGCUCUUAUUACAGAUGCUUAUGACACCAUAAAGAAAUACCAACACAUUGGUGCUCCAGUUACAGAUCUUUCUGAAUUUCUAAAGGAUAGCAAUGAUGAAGAAUACAGCAGAGUGCCACAGACAUCCCUGAGCUUCUGUUGCUGUAGGAGGCAGAAAAGUGAUGACAACAUGAUACUUAUUAACUGAAGACAGGUGAUGCUGGCCUAUAUUGCUGCAAGGGGAAAAAAGGCAAGAACAAAAUACUGUUGGGCAAAGGUAAUCUUGAAAGCAGACCCUCUUGAAUUGCAACAGAGCACAGCGUGUGCACAUGUCUUUUCUAUGAACCAGUGACUUUCACUUACGUCGUGGAAAGAGAAGCAGUGGGCCUUCUAGUCAUCCACAGCAGAAGGGCCCUAAAGCUACAAUGAGCAAGCCUUGACUGAGCAUCUGAUGACCAUAUUGCAAGAGCUGAUCUCAAGAGGCACUUUAAAUAAACACCAGAGUGUUAAGGGUAUCUUGGUCACUGCUUGGUUGUAACUUGCUCUCUAGAUAUUUUUAUAUUAAAAUAUUUAAUAAAAAAUAUUUAAAUGAAAUGCACUUCUUAAACACAAAAUAAUGCAAUUUCUGGCAACUGUAGCUUUAUAGUUUAUUGUAUUUGGUUUUAAGGUGUCCCUCUUCAAAUAUGAGUUACUGUUCCAUGUAUACAAACCUAGCACUGUAUAUUGCUUUUGCUUUCUUAUGUUCUGCUUUUUGGUUUAUGAAGUUGACUUGAAAGUUUCACUUCACUUGUAUAUGCACAUUUUUCUAAAAGCAAACUAGAUUUCAAUUGAUGUGGGAGGUGUUUCUUUGUGUGAUUUGCUCCUAUUAUUCCCGUAAUUCCCAUUAAUGUUGCAGUUCCAGGCUUACCUUAAUUCCAAAUUGGGACCUAAAUUGUUGAUGGACAUUCUUCUUGAAUAAAAAAAUGUAUAGGACUGGCAAAUGUCACUUUAGCACCUUCAGCAUAUUCUAGUAAUGUCAUAUGAUUUUAUUUUAGAAAGAACACAGUGUCUGACUUUUUAUUUGGAGCAUUGUGAUGUAACAACAACCCCAUUAUAAAGAACAGUCUAGCCAUCCAUAGUUAUGGUAGUUGGUGGAUUCUAUAUCAGUGGGUUUUAGUCUAAAUUUUAGAGGAACUAUCCAAGGAGCUGGAUCUGUUUUGAAGACAUAAUGCAACUGAGUAGUUGACUUCUUUGAAAUUCAGACUAUAACAUAAAUUUAAUUCUGACAUGAAACCCACCAAUGACGUUUGAUCCAUGCUGUAUCUGACUUGUCAACAAAUUAAAAAUUAGGAACAGUUAAUUUAAGAAACCCUUGAAAACUUUCUCGUCACUUAAGUAUGAUUGAGAGCUUCAAACAUCCAGAAGAUAAAACUUUCCUGGCAAUCCAGGUCACUGGAGCAAAUCUUCCUCCAAGACCAUUGGGAUAAAUUGAUGCUGUCUUCAUUCCUUUGAAUUCCUCCCCCAUGUACCAGCCAUUUUCCCUUUCUUCAUUUCCGGUACACCUUCUAGUCAGUAUGGUGGGUUUUGGGAGAUGGGAAGUUUAGUAGUUGAGAAGAACUUGCAGGGUUGAAUGAAGGGAAGAUUAUGAAGCCAGCAGAUUCUUUUCUAGCUGGGCAUUUCAGGUCAGCUUCAUGAACUUGCUCCUUCUCCCAAGCAUAUUGAGUUCUUGUAGCAUUUCCUGUGAUAUAUCUACUGCCUGGCUUUUCCAGCCAAGAAAUUAUAGAAACCACAGUCUUUUAAAGCAGCCAGAGACGUCUCUGCACAUUAAAAACCAUAGUUCUUUGUGUAGCCAUUAACUCUUUUAGACCUGGGGACAUAGAUCUGCAGGAGGAUAUGAUACAAUUGUUGCCCAGGAUAUGAUACAAUUGUUGCCCAGUCUUCUCUGCUGGAAGUACUUUCAUUUUCUGUGUUUAGGUGGUGAUUUAGUUCAGUAUCUUUUAAAUCAGGCAUGGGCAAACUUUGGCCUUUCAGGUGUUUUGGAUUUCAACUCCCACAAUUCCUAACAGCUGGUAAGAUGGCUGGGAUUUCUGAGAGUUGAAGUCCAAAACACCUGGACGGCUAGUUAGCCCAUGCCUGUUUUAAAUGUUAAAUUCUCUAAUAUAAAUAUUUUCUACGGGGAUCUAUAUGUUAAUUCUUAUUCAAAAACUGUUGAACUGCUUAGUGCAUGUAAUUCUGUAUCAUGAAACUAGUGGGAGGCAAGGAAGGCAAAAUGGCAGUUUUCAAUAGAGAAUUAUAGUAGUUCUUCCUUAUGCUCCUCUUUGUCAACUUACUGUCAACAUUUAGUGUCCCUUAGAAGCUAGAAGGAGCAUAAUAUGCUGUUCCUAAUGUAAGAAGGAAAUAAUAUUUGUUUGGUCACUGAAGAUGUUUUCUCUCCCUGUUGACAUCCAAUCAUUAAAAUGAGUUGUAAUUGGACUAUGAAUCAUUUUAAAAGGUCAUAUGAAUGGAAGUAGUUAAUUCUAAUUGAUGUGGUGGAAAUGACUGAGCACUCAAUAUUAACCAAAAAGGAGCAUUAGCUGUAAGUGGGGCAUAAUAGGCAAUAGAUACUCUUCCAAAGUGAGAAGGUCAAAUAGCUCUGCACUCUGAAAACCAUUUUUUCCUAAAGCUACUUUGUUUUCUGGCUCGUUUCAACCAUGCAAUCGGCAACCAAGUGAUUUGAAAACUCUGGAAAAAAUAAAAACCGAGGUGGGAAACAUA